GCCGCCUGCUGGCAGUUGAAGUUCUCAAUGACUAAGCUCCAGCGAAAACUCCCUGAAUCAGGGCUUCUAGCCUAGCUGUCUUCUAGGUCUCUUGCCUCUAUAAUUUUCUAUGCUUCACUUCUCGAGUAGUAGCGUCGGUAUAAUUUGCUUUGUUCUCCAUCGAGAGGGGAAUGAAGGUCUCGCGGUGCGAGAAUAGGGCAGGGAUAGUUUAUCGGAGAUGCCAGCUCAUCAUCCCAUGAUAGUAAAUUCCAGAAUCGAGGGGAAAUUAGCUGGGGGAGUUCGAGGGGUCGUUCUAGGGCAGCCGUCGGAGUGGAGGACUCAGGUCCGCGCUUGAGUUUGAGGAUAGGGAAAAUGCCUGAUAACUUUCGAAAGCGCUUGAGCCAGCUUUUGAUAACUUCACGAGCGUUCGUGUUUCGUCACUCGAGCUUACGCAUAAGGCCGAGUUGAGCAAACCCGAGGCUUGUGGUUCGUGGUUCGUCGGUUUCAAGAAGGUUUGACCGCUUCACGUUCGAGCGAGUGUCGGUCACGGCGUGUUUUUGCGCGCUUCGUCAAUCGAUCAGCGAUGAUACACACGUACGGCGAUGACAUUAGACGACCGCGCGCGCGCUCUCACACGCAUAAGUAAGUCGGAGCCGCGAAUCAGCGUGCAACAGCCGUCAAUGCUGAUGCUUCACUCGAAAAUCCUACAGCAACAGCAGCAGCAGCAGCAGCAGCAGCAGCAACAACAACAACAAGGAGAGGAUAACGAGCCGAAACACCUCCUGUCGCCGGACAGUCUACCAGAUGGCAUGUCGGCCGUACGAUCCAUGAUGAAUCCAGGAAUCGACGGUCCUGGGAGAAGCGGAACACAAGGGGGAGGAAUAGCAGGUGCCGGCGGCUUGAGUCAACGGCUGACCGGUGGUAUUCCGAGAUCUAGCCGGUCGACUGGCGGAAUUGGAACUGCUAUUAGCGGGGGAAAAGGGGGAAGGAGUGGCGGAACAGUAGGGAUGACCGCCGUUGGCGUAGGGGGCUCCGGUGCUGCGAAUGAUACCGAGGAAACAAGACUUAACGAUUUAUAUGGAAACGGAGGCGCUUUUGGCGAAGAGUGGGGAAUUGCCGAACCUGGCAAGCUGCCUUCGGACGGAGAAGCAUCCGGUUUCAUCUCCAAACCUUCGGCUUUGAUCCGAUCCCAAACCUUGGACGAAGAGGCGCUAUGCGGGGAGGACGACGACCCUAACGCAGGCUCGGAAUCCUCCCCAAUCAGACCGUCCGGCCCGGACGGCUUGGUCCGGAGGCCGCGACGAACGGAGCGUUCAAGUACGGGUCCUAACAGGCCCGGAACAGGCUCGUACCUCCCGUUAUACCGACAGGGUGGGGUUCCCCGAAGCGCAUCGCACGACCCGACAGGUCUAUUCGCGCAAAGGCAGCUUCACGCCGCGGGGGCGCACGGGCAGGAGGGAAUGGAGUGGGAAGAAGCGCUUAAAGACGGCAGCGGCGGGGUUGGCAGCGGGCCGAGCGGCGGCGCAGCGGGCUUCUCGCGGAGCAACAGCGGAGGGGGGGCUGCGGGCGGGGGAGGAGGAGGGAGCGCGCGAGGCAGCGGGGGAGCCUCGGGAAUGCCGAGGUCGGCUCUAGGCGGGGUCGGUGCCGCGUCGUUUUCCAGCCAGGGGAAGGCGGUAUCUGGGGCAGGGCGAUCAAUGAUGAUGCCGCCGCGCAACUCCUCCGUCCCCACGUCCAUCGCCGCCGCCCGCGGGGCAGGCGGAAGCGGAGGCGGAAGGCAGCUCCGCGCGUUCGCGUCCGCCGCGCCAGGGCGCAUGGAGGGGGGAGUUUCCGCCAGCAUGGGGUCGGAGCUGGGUCGGCGCGACUCGUACAAUCUGAUUCUGGACCAGUUUCUGUCAACGGAUGGACACGGGGGGGGGCUAGACUCCCCCGAUGCGGGGAAGGGGAGGGACGAGCGGAGAGGGGCAGCGGGAGGUGGCGCACUUGCGGAGCUAAAGAGGGCGCUAACCACGGGGGUGGCGCAGAGAGGGGAACGGGGGGUUGCCGUUGGCGGGAGCUCGGCGGAUAUAUUGGUGAUAGAGAGUGGCGGAGAUGGUGUUAACGCGGAUGAGAGUGUGCACGGGGGUAGGGGGAUACAUGGGGCGGUUAGCCUUCACGGGAGCAACAGCUUCCACGGUAACCCUAGCGCUUGUAACAGUAGUUUUGGCACUAGUGCUGGUGGUGCUGGUGGUGUUGGUGGUGGUGAGGGCGUCAACACAGCAGCAAGCCCCCCCCCCUACGCCUUGCAUCACCGCGCCUCUGUGCACUUCCCCCGGUCGUCUAGUGACAGUGGCAGAAAGUCUUCUAGAACUUCUUCCCCUAAUCGAGUCAGCCCCAACAGCAGCCCCAGCCGCGGGGUCGGCCCCAUAGGCGCAUCUAACCUAGCGCCUCUCCCGCCCUUCCCCCACCAUCAGUCAGACGGGGGGGCGGGGUUGGGUAUGGGGGCGCAUGGCGCGGCUAGCAGCUGGACUGGAGGGAUGGGGGGGGGUGUUGUGGGGGGGGUUGGCGGAGGGGCGGGGUCCGGGUUUAGCAGCAGCAGUAGCGGGAAUGGGAGCGGCACGAGUGGAUUUGCAGGGGGAUCUGGCAGCGGGGGCAGCAGCAGCAGUGGCGGCGGCGGCGGCGGCAGCAGCAGCAGCAGCAGUGGGGCGAUUCCUCUGAGCAGGAGUAUCGGGUCUGGAGGUGCCCCGGGAGGAGGGAGUGGCGGUUCUGGAGGGUGGGAGAAGCCAAGAGGGGUGUCGCCAACCAAAGGGGUCGGAUCUGUGCCUCCUGCUGCUGCCAUAGGAGGUGUAGCAAGUGGUGUAUCAACGUCCAAUAGCCCCCUGCGCAACCCGUCUCCCUCCCGCCGAAGCCACUCAACAGGUGGCUCCACCGGAUUGGGUAGUUGGAGGAGCAGCAGCAGUGGCGCCAGCAGCAGCGGAGGGUCGGGACUUGGAAGAGGGGCCAGCGCUGGCAGCAGCCACAGCGCCAGCUUUCCUAUAAAGCCGUCCUCUGGCAGCCCCCCGUUAUUAUCACAACAGGCACAGUCACAAUCGCUGCAGCGGCAGCCGUCCUCUGGCAGCCCCCCGUUGCAGCGGCAGCCGCUGUUACAGCCGCUGCCACAGCCGCAGCCGCAGCUCUUGAGAUCGGCAGCAGGAGGGGGUGUGCCGGUGGGAGGGGGCUCAGGCACAACACACAGGCGGGGAAAGAGUGAGUACUCCCUCAGCUCGGGGCAGAAACUGGCGCGGCAAAGCUCUGGCUCUGUUACAGAUGUUGAUGGUUACGGUUACAGUCGUUCGGGCAGCAUAGAUAGAUCUGCUUCUGGUGGCGCUGACGUGGCACAAGAUGGGGGCGAUGGGGACUCGGAGCACGGGCAGGUGAAAGGGCAGCGGAAAUUUCAGGGGCAUGCCGGCGGGGGGAGUGGGGGCGGGCGGCAACUUCACAGGCGUUCUAGUAGCGAAAAUGAGUGCGCUCAAAAAGGGGGAUCGGAGUCUAGGGAGGGGGAGGACGCGAGGAGGGGGGUCAUGGGGGAGGGAUGGGCGGAUGGGCAGGGGGAGAGGGGGAAGGGGGGGAGAAGGGAGAGGAGAGAGAGUGGGGGAAUGCAGGGUGGCGGUUGGGAAGAGGAAGGCACGGAGGGAGGGGAGGUACUUGGCGAAAUAUCCUUUGGGAGGCAAAAGCAGGUAGCGGUGGUAGGGGGAGGCAGUGGAGGCAGAGGGGGAGGGGAAGGUGUAAGGGGAGAGGACGGAGACGGAGGGGGGGAGGAGGAUGUGAGUGACUCUGGCAGUGUGGUGGAGUGGGCUGUAGCGGGCUCGCCGCAGAGCAUCUCGGCUGUAGCAGGGGCGGCAGAUAGGGCAAGAGGAGGAGGAGCAGGAGCAGGGAGGGAAGCGGGAGAGGGGAGGGAAGAAUCACCACCUGGAGAAGGGGCUGCUGACGGCAGAGGCAGCGGUGGAGCAGCAGCAGGGGGAGGAGGAACAGGGGGAGGCGCACGUUUAUCUGCAGCAGAGGGGGAGGGCGCACCUGGUGCAGGCGCAUCUCAUCUCGGUUGGGGCGGCUUUCCGCGUCCGAACCUCGAAAUCGCGAGCCUGCAGUCGUUUUCAGACGAGGAAAACAACAGCAACCGCAGCAUUGGCAGCGGGCAGGGUAUGGGAAGCACUCAGAGCAGCUUGCUAAAUAGCAGCCUGGGGAAGGGAGGGGGCGGACUCAGCAGCAGGAGGGAAACAGGGGGGACGGGAGAACCGGGAAGGGGGACUGGAGGGGGAGGAAGGCGGGGUGAGGGGAGCCGGGGGAAGGGGACGAGGGGGGUGCGGUUCUAUUCUGGAUUAAAAUCUCCUCUGGCUAGAAGAGCGUCGGUGUCUGAACGGGUGGAUACGCCUAGAGGUGUGGUGCGGCGAGGUGGGGUUGUGAGGGGUGGAAAAUGGUUCAGAUGCCGGCGAUGCUGGAGGGAGGAUGAAGAGAGGGGUGGGGAUGAUGAAGGAGUGGAAGCGGAGGAGGGAGAGGAGGGAGAGGAGGGAGAGGAGGGAGAGGACGAGGAGGAGAAUGACGAGGGGAGUGGACAUGAGGGGGUAGAGAGGGAAGGAAGAGGGACGAGACGGAGCAAAGGGGUUACGAACGGCCAGAAGCGGUAUGGGAUGCAGCGGCAGAAGGCAGGGCGGAGAACGAGGAGGGAGGGGGCGUGGAGAGGGGAGAGUGCGAGUGGGAGUGAGGAUGAGAGUGAGGGGGGAAUGAGGGUCUUCAAUGUGUUGCGGCGGCCCAUGAGGGCAGUGGGCAAGCAGUAUGCGCUGACUGCGGACGACUGGCUUGACUACGCCCCUCCUGGAGAUGGUCUACUGAGGAGAUGCAUGCACCGCGUGUCAGGGAACCUGCUGACGUGCCGCACUAUAUCCAAGCAGAGCAUCCAGACGCAGCAGCAAGCGGAGGCGAUUGGACUGGAGGUGGCGGUGCUGGAGGUGCUGCAGCCGCAUGCAGCCGUCAUUGGGCUCAGAGACAAGUUCGAGAGCCUCACGUCUGUGCACCUCAUUCUGGACCCCAUCGCCCGCCUCUCUCUGCACGACCGCAUUCGCCUCCACGGCCCGUUCCCAGAGAGCGAGGCAGCGGCGCUCUGCCACGCGCUGCUGCAGGCGCUGCAGCACUGCCACGCGCACGGGGUGGCGCACCGGAAUCUAACGCCCCACGCUGUGGUCUUCCCAGCUAAUGACAGCCCCAUGGAGGACGCCAGACUGAGCGGGUUUGGGUCUGCUGCAUUUAUCACCCCAGGAGUGCCCUUUACUGACCCUGUAACAACUCCCUUGUUCGCAGCACCAGAGGUGUAUGAGGGAAUGUAUGGCCCCCAGAUAGACUUAUGGUCCCUGGGGGUCAUUCUCCACAUGAUGGUGUGCGGCGUGCCGCCCUUCUGGGCGCCCACAAAGGCUGGGAUCCGCCGCGCGGUGCAGCAGCAGCAGGUGGCGUUCACCUCGCCCAGGUGGAGAGAGGUGUCGGAUGAAGCCAAGGAGCUGGUGCAGUUGCUGCUGGAGAAGGACCCCUCGGACCGGCUCACGGCUGCUGAAGCUCUCGAGCAUCCACUGUUCACAAGCGAUGGCGGGUCAGAUGCGGGAACACCAUGACCAGCAAGCAAGCACUACAGUUGUGGAGCUAUCCAUAUGUGGACUACACCUGGAGUGUACUACCGCGCCUAACUCUACAGAUAGAGAAGCAGCCAACCUCACAUGGAGCUGACAUCUAAUCUAACCCCAUAAUGCAGCAGAUGUGCUGAACUAGUGCAUCAUUUGUAUUACAUUUAUACGUACCGGUGCAUUCAAUUGAGAAAUAUUAGCAGUCCAAACAUGUUCUAUGAGGC